AUGAACAUAAUAACUCAUCUAUCAGUUAAUGAAUAUGACAGUACUGUAAAUGUUCAUGGAUACUUAUAUGUGGUAAGAAUAAGUCAUUUUUAGAAAUCCUUAAAAUUUCCGCAUAACAGUAUUGGUACGAUGAAAGGAUUCAUUGGUCUACAGAAAGCUACGGGAAUCUUUCCGUUAUUCAAAUUGAUUUCUGGGAUAAUCUCAUCUGGACUCCUCAAUUAAAAUUUAUUCAUUCGAGGGUUGAUACUGAUGAUUUUUUUCCAUUGGUACCUUCUGGAAACAUCCUAAUUUCAAGCGUAAGUUAGCCAAACUCAUUUUCAGAGGACAACUAAUAAUUUAAAUAUUAGGAAGGAAUGGCGCUAACAAAAGUGAAUUACAAUGCGAAAAUUGGAUGCGAAUUUGAUAUCUCAAAUUUUCCAUAUGACGAGCAAAACUGUUCGAUAUCUUUGAAAACAAUGCAGGAAAAGGUCAUGUUUGAAGAGUUAGUUUUCCCGGCUAAACUUGAUAUUCUCAAAUUAAACGUGGUUGAUAAAAACGAGAAGACGAUCAUAUCAAACUUCAAAGUCGUGGAUGUAGGGCAUAACUAUGAUUAUGGUUUACAUACAACUAGAAUUCUCUUACAAAGACAUGCACCAUUUAUUUAUGCAUUGUUUAUUAUUCCAUCCUUUGUAGGUUCACAAAAUUAGACACAGAAAAGUUCAAAACCUUACAGGUUUGUCUUAUUUUGACGAUUCUAACAUUUUCAAUCGAAUCAAAAGAAACUGCAUGUUAUCUUUUAUUUUCAACAAUUCUUCUCGAAUUCAUUUUCUACAAAAAUAUUUCGAAGAAAAUCGCGCCAAUUCUACAAAAUGGAGUUCUCCCAAAUCUCUUCAUCUAUUUCGGAAUAAUUUCAAUUUUCAGUGUUUUCACAUUAUUCUUCAAUUUUUGGAUGUUGAGAAGAAAACAAUAAAGUUUUGUUUAUUAAUUUCAGUUUUUCAUCCAAAAUUUUGUUUAUGCUAUUCACAUUAAACAAAUCGAAUGAAACAAUCAUUUCAUACCAAAAUGAUACUGUUUUCACUGGUUUUCCUGUUCAUAAACCAUGUAAAUUGUGAAAUGCAGAAUCAAUUUUUAAGAGCCAGUUAUUUCCCAUUAUAUAAAUUCCAAAAUUAUACUCCUCCACCACCACCAACUUAUGCAAAAUAUCACAAAGAUAUCGAGAAUCUUAUUUUCAAAAACUAUUCGGAUAUAAAAUUGUAAGUUUUCUAAAUUCAGAAAAAUGCUCCUUAUUUUACUUUAUUUUCAGAGGAGUAACCCCAUUAAUCGUCAUUGACACUUUUAUAGACCACAUUUCUAUUAAUGAAAUGGAUAAAUCCGUUAUCUUUAAUGGACGAUUAUCUGUAUUUUGGUUCGAUGGAAAACUAGUCUGGAAUUCAGAAAAAUACGGAAAUGUGUCUACAAUAUAUGUAAAUGUACGAGAUCAAAAGAUAUGGCUCCCAAAACUUCAAUGCGUUAACUGUAAUCACGAUGUUGAGGAAUAUCCACCACUUGAUUAUAUUCGUAAAGUUAGGAUUGAUUCUAUGAUAAAAACUGGAGCAUUAGUAACACUGAUUUUAUAUCACGCGAAAGUCAGUUGUGAUUUUGACUUUGAAAAUUAUCCAAAUGAUCAACACAGCUGUUCAAUGAUCAUAACAUCUUUGGAUCCUGAAAUGGAACUAUUCUCAACAGAUUCUUCCAAAUUAGCUAUGGGCACUGGUAUAAAAAAUGCAAUUGAGAAAAAAGCGAGAAAUUACACCUCAAACUUCAAAAUAAUAAAUAGCUCUUUCGAAAUUGGCGGGGAUGACCAAAAUGUUUUUGUUAUAACAAUUGGCAUCGAAAGACAUGAACCAUUCAUCAAUGCCAUGUUUAUUAUUCCGUCAUUCGUUAGUUUAUGAAAAAAAAAGACUGAUAACUUCUGUACUGAAUAUUUCAUUUCCAGAUUUGUCUUCUUCUAACAAUUCUAUCAUUUUCAAUCAAAUCAAAAGAAACUGCAUGUUAUCUUUUAUUUUCAACAAUUCUUCUCGAAUUCAUUUUCUACAAAAAUAUUUCGAAGAAAAUCGCGCCAAUUCUAGAAAAUGCAGUUCUUCCAAAUCUCUUCAUUUAUUUCGGAAUAAUUUCAAUUUUUAGUGUUUUCACAUUAUUCUUUAAUUUUUGUAUGUUGAGAAGAAAACAAUAAAGUUUUGUUUAUUAAUUUCAGUUUUUCAUCAGUCAAAUUGUUUAUAAUAUUCAAAGUGAAUUGUAUAAAAUAUUUAUUUCAUAUCAAAAUGAUACUGUGUCUACUAAUUUUUCUAAUAAAUCAUGCAGAUUGUCAAAUGUACGUUUCACAACACUGAAUAGUGUAGUAUAGAAUGGUAUAAUAAAUUUUUCAGGAGCAAUUAUUUUCCAUACUUCAAACCUCUGAAUGAUUCGCUUGCACCACCACCAACUUAUGCAAAAUAUCACAAAGAUAUCGAAAAUUACAUUUUCAGAAACAAUGAUUCGACUUCAAAAUAGUAAGUACUCUCUUUAAACUCGGAAAACUACAUAUUUGAAAUUUCAGCAUAAUGGAAAAUAUCAAUGUUGAAACUUAUAUUGAUUACAUUUCUAUUAAUGAAAUCGAUAAUUCCGUGAUGUUUAAUGGUAGAUUAUUUGUGUGUUGGUUAGAUGGAAAACUUUCCUGGGAUCCAAAAAACUAUGGAAAUGUUUCUCAAAUAUUUGUAAAUUUGCGAGAUAAAAAAAUGUGGUUUCCAAAAUUUCAAUGCGUCAACUGUAAUCAUGGCGUUGGCGAACUUCCAUCACUUAAAUUCAUAAGUAGUAAUGCUCGAAUUCAAAGCCACGGACCUUAUGGAAUAGCAUCAACAAUUGUUCUAUAUCAAGCAAAAGUCAUAUGUGAUUUUGAUUUCACAAAUUAUCCAAAUGAUCAACACAAUUGUUCAUUGAUCAUAACAUCUAGAGAUCCUCAAUUCAACUUAUUCUCAAUGGACCAUUCUCGAUUACAAUUGAAAAAGGCUAUGGAAAAUGCAUUUGCUAAAGAUCAGGCGAAUAUCACUUCAAACUUCAAAAUAACAAGUUGGUUUUUCGAUGGCGGUGAAGCAGAAAGAAUAAGAUGUGCAAUAACAAUUAAUAUCGAAAGACAUGAAUCAUUUAUUAAUGUCAUGUUUAUUAUUCCAUCUUUUGUAAGUUUAAUAAUUCUAUGACAAGAAAUUUCUGUUAAUCCUACUUACAGAUUUGUCUUCUUCUAACAAUUCUAUCAUUUUCAAUCAAAUCAAAAGAAACUGCAUGUUAUCUUUUAUUUUCAACAAUUCUUCUCGAAUUCAUUUUCUACAAAAAUAUUUCGAAGAAAAUAGCCCUAAUUCUACAAAAUGGAGUUCUUCCAAAUCUCUUCAUCUACUUCGGAAUAAUUUCAAUUUUCAGCCUUUUCACAUUAUUCUUUAACUUUUGGAUGUUGAGAAGAAAACAAUAA